AUGCUCUGUAUCCUUGUGGAAGAAAUAAAAGAGGCUCAACAGAAUUCACCAAAAAUCCAUGAAGGCUGGUGGGCGUACAAGGAGGUGGUCCAGGGAAGCUUUGUUCCAGUUCCUUCCUUCUGGGGAUUGGUGAACUCAGCUUGGAAUCUUUGUUCCGUUGGAAAACGGCAGUCACCAGUCAACAUAGAGACCAGUCACAUGAUCUUCGACCCCUUUCUGACACCUCUUCGAAUCAACACUGGAGGCAGGAAGGUCAGUGGGACCAUGUACAACACUGGAAGGCAUGUAUCCCUCCGCCUGGACAAGGAGCACUUGGUCAACAUUUCAGGAGGGCCCAUGACAUACAGCCACCGCCUGGAGGAGAUCCGGCUACACUUUGGGAGUGAGGACAGCCAAGGAUCAGAGCACCUCCUCAAUGGACAGGCCUUCUCUGGGGAGGUACAACUCAUCCACUAUAACCACGAGCUAUACACAAAUGUCACAGAAGCUGCGAAGAGUCCAAACGGAUUGGUGGUAGUUUCUAUAUUUAUAAAAGUUUCUGAUUCAUCAAACCCAUUUCUUAAUCGAAUGCUCAACAGAGAUACUAUCACAAGAAUAACAUAUAAAAAUGAUGCAUAUUUACUACAGGGACUUAAUAUAGAGGAACUGUAUCCAGAGACCUCUAGUUUCAUCACUUAUGAUGGGUCGAUGACUAUCCCACCGUGCUAUGAGACAGCGAGUUGGAUAAUAAUGAAUAAGCCUGUAUACAUAACCAGGAUGCAGAUGCAUUCCCUACGCCUCCUCAGCCAGAAUCAGCCAUCGCAGAUCUUUCUGAGCAUGAGUGACAACUUCAGGCCUGUGCAGCCUCUCAACAACCGCUGUAUCCGCACCAACAUCAACUUCAGUUUACAGGGGAAGGACUGCCCUAACAACAGGGCCCAGAAGCUUCAGUACAGAGUGAAUGAAUGGCUCCUCAAGUAG